AUGGUUGGCACAGUCCGGAGAUCUUGGGUUCUCUUUUCUGUCCUAAUGUUGUUUCUUCUCGACUCCUAUGGAGCUGAAGCCAACAACAACAAUGUUACAUGUGUAGGUUUAAUCAUUGAUGUUAAUACUCGUAUUGGAAAAGAAGAGAAAAUAGCGAUGGAAAUUGCAGCUCAAACCUACAACACAAGUUCAAAGACUCAAAAACUCUCUCUCUAUAUCCAGGACUCCCUUAGAGUCACUUCUGCUGUAGAAGAGAUGAUUAGAGAAAAUAGGGUUAAGGUGAUUAUUGGCAUGCACACAUGGCAAGAAGCAGCUCUAGUAGCUGAUAUUGGAAGUCAAGCUCUUGUUCCGGUUAUUUCGUUUGCGGCACCGGCCAUCAAUCCACCUCUAAUGCAACUUCGCUGGCCGUUCUUGAUACAAAUGGCUAAAAAUGGUUCCGAACAAAUAAAAUGCAUUGCAAAUAUUGUUCAAGCAUACAAUUGGAAAAGGGUUGUAGUGAUUUAUGAAGAUGAAGCAUUAGGUGGUGAUUCCGGAAAGUUGGCACUUUUAACUGAGGCUCUCCAACAUGUGGGUUCGGAGAUUGAGUACCGUUUGGUCCUUCCACCAUUUUCUUCUAUGUCUGAUCCAGGAUGGGUUGUUCAUGAAGAGCUUGUUAAGUUACUGAAAACACAAUUAAGAAAUUUUAUUGUUCUUGAGUCAUCAUUAGAAAUGGCGAUUCAUUUGUUCAGGGAAGCUAAGAAUAUGGGGUUUGUAAGGAGAGAUUCAACUUGGAUAAUUCCAAAUAGUAUUACAAGUUUGUUGGACUCUGUAAACAACUCGGUUAUUUCCUCUAUGGAAGGUGCAAUUGGAAUUAAAACCCAUUAUUCUGAAGAAGUUACCUCAGAGUACCAUGAUUUCCAUGCUCAGUUUCGGAAAAUUUUCAGAACUGAAUAUCCAGAGGAAGACAACUCCGACCCUGGUUUUUAUGCUCUGCGAGCAUAUGAUAGCAUUAGAAUUGUUAUACAAGUGAUCGAAAGAAUGACAAGUAACAGAGGUAGUCCAAAGAUGUUGUUAGGCAGUAUGUUAUUAAGCAAUUUCACUGGUUUUAGUGGCAAAAUACAUUUUAAAGCAGGCCAGCUCUCAGACACUUCAAUUUUGAGCAUUGUACACGUUCUUGGAAAGAGAUACAAAGAAAUAGAGUUCUGGACACCAGACUCAGGGUUCUCCAUGAUCCCUUCUAUAGGAAAACCAAAUACUUUGGUUGCUCCCUUAAUUUUGCAGAGGAACUUACAAGAAAGUCCGAAAGUUUGGGAAAUGCCUACUGAUGCAAAGCCAUUGAAAAUUGGAGUUCCAGGUAGAGCAUCAUUUGGGAAUUUUGUGAAGGUUGAUUACGGGGUGAAACUGAAUGAGAACAAUUAUUCUGGUUUCUGCAUUCAAAUUUUCCUUAAGGCACGAGAACUUUUGGGAUAUCCUUUGCCUUAUAAAUUGGAGGCCUGUAAUUGCACCUACAAUGAUCUGGUUCACCUUGUCCACAAUAAGACUUAUGAUGCUGCCAUUGGUGACUUGACUAUAACAGCCGAACGGCUGCAAUAUGUAGAUUUCACUGCUCCAUACAUCGAGUCAGGUGUGGCAAUGAUAGCUCCGGCUAAACCUGUAGGGUCAGCAUUUACGUUUACAAAGCCUUUCACCUGGGACAUGUGGUUGGUGACUAGUGCCAUCUUAACAUACACAGUGCUCAUAGUUUGGUUGUUGGAGCACCAAUCCAAUCCAGAAUUCAGUGGCUCGUGGAGGAAUCAGAUUAGCGCUGCACUCUGGUUCACUUUCUCCUCUCUGUUUUUUGCACAUAGGGAGAAUAUCCAUAACAACUUGACACGUUUGGUGAUGGGAGUGUGGCUUUUUGUCGUAUUGAUCCUAACCUCGAGCUAUACCGCUAGUCUAUCUUCAAUGCUCACUGUGCAAAAGCUGGAACCAAAUUAUAUGGAGUUGUUAAAGAAGAACAACUUACCAGUUUGCUGUAUCAAUUUGUCAGUAAAGAAAUACCUGGUGAACGUGUUUGAGUUCAAGGAACAGAAUAUCAAGAUCAUAGACAUAAAGCACUCCAAGCUUUUCAAACAAGAGAAAAUAUUUGCUGUCUUUCUUGAAUUCCCAUAUGAGGAAAUUUUCCUUAAUAAGAAUUGCAAGGAUUACACUAGUACCAGACUACAUACUCACGGAUUUGGAGGAUUGGGCUUUGUGAGUAUUAACUGAUUUAAUCCUUAGUUUAGUUUUUAUGAUUUCUGUUCAAGUUAAUUCUUAUGCUUAGAAUGAUGCAAGAGAGAUACAUAAUUGGACGCACAAAUAUACGUCUCAUGUGUGAUACUGAUUAAACGAAUCUACCAAUACAAACACGAGUUCAUGUGCGCAUGCACCCCCUUUCCUUUUCUACGCAUGUAUAUAUUGUGAAAAAAUCUAGGACUACAUAAUUUUUUACAAUU